UGAGUUGGGCUGGGCCUGGGGUUAUUUGCGUAUUCUCACAUAGUGGGCGACGGCGAACUGCCGACGUGGUCGGGAUGGCUGCGGCGGGCGGCGGCGGCGGAGGAGGAGGAGGAGCGAAAGCGGCGGUGGCAGAGCAGAUAGCGCAGGCGGUGCGGUCCACCUCCAACCUCCUCCAGCUCAUGGAGCAGUCCUCCCCCGCGCAGGUUCACUUGGCCAAACUUCCCAAGAAUCUCUUGGCAAAAGCAUCUUUUGCACAGAACACAGAACAGGUGCUACACCAACUACCGCAAGUAAUUUCUUCCUUGGAUGCUUAUAUGGACAGGAGCUUGCAAAGUGCCUCUCAAAUUAAGACAGUCACACAGCUCUUGUCAAAUAUGGAGAACACUCAGCUGAGAUCCAUCUUGCCUUCCUCUCAGAUGAGGAAAGAUACAAAGAAUACCGAACAUGAAGAACUCAGGGUUGAAUGACACGUUCGCUGAGACGAAACGGGAGGCUUGGUUUCCUCUAUCAUUCUGAUUAAGAAGUUUUGGUACCAUGGUUUUGGAGGUGAUUUAGAAGUAAUUAGAAACAACUGGGAAAAGGAUCCAUCGUUGCAUAAUGUUUGUUCCACAUCCUAUUCGAUUGUUCAAUGGUACUCCCACAUUCUCUUUUGAUUGUAUUAUUUCCUCAUAGCACAAUGACCAAGGAAAAUAAUCCUACCUAUCAUCCUACUUAUCAUCCAUUUAA